AGGCACUCAUUUUGUUCGAGUGUAGCGUGCGCAGCCGUUCCUUGAGGAAUCGUUGGUGCUCACCUUUCUUUAACUCUAGAGUUUCCACGUUAUAUAUGGAAGUGCAAGGAGGGACUCCACUAACUGCAGCAAUUACCAUAGAUGACAGCAUCUGCAUUCAAGAUUCCACACGCGAAUUCGAAGACGACAACCAUGACGAGCCUACUACAAACACUUUCCCAGCGACCAGCAAGAGACACGUCAGACUUCCCAAUCAGCGACGGAAACUAAGAAAAAUAAAAGACGCUUCUCAACUCAGUGAAGAGACACGCCAAGCACAGACAGAGGAACAACAACGAAAGCAGGGCGUGUUUCAACACGUAGAGCAUCAUCAGCUGCUUGUUGCAAAUGACAAACAGACUCAAAUGCAAACAAACAAGUUAAGACCAUUUUCCACCAGAGCACGUCAAGACAUUAUUGUGAUUGGUGAUGAUGGAACAUCCAGUAACUCUGACAGUGAGUUGAGUGUGAUUGGGGAGGUGCCCGGCCGAUGUGAUGCCUCUAAGCCUACUGUAAUUGACUGUACAGAAAUGUUCGGAGAGAAUACAGAAUCUCAUGAAUCGACACAAUUUCAUGUCAAUGACAAACUGAACGUACCAGAUGAGCAUGGUCGCGUUCUUGCCAACUCAUUUCAUGCACCUGGAGAACCUGAUGUGUUUGUUGCGGAUCACAUUGUUAGGGCAUUAAAACCACAUCAAAUUGGCGGAAUUCGUUUCCUCUAUAGCAACAUCAUCAAAGAUGUUAUCAACUUUAAUACCGAUGGUGGAUUUGGUUGUAUUCUAGCCCACUGUAUGGGAUUGGGAAAGACAUUGCAAGUCAUUGCAUUUAUUGAUAUUUUUCUUCGAUGCACGCCGUGUUCUCGAGUUCUCUGUGUUGUCCCAAUCAACACAUUGCAAAACUGGCAGGAUGAGUUUGACAAGUGGAUUCCUAGAAACGCUGGUUUAUGGACUAUUCCUAAUGAUACGUCCGGUCUCCUUGUGCAGUGCCCGUCUCAGUCACAGAAUUUUUCGACUGUUGUACCACGACGUCAUUUCAAAGUCCUCAUUCUUGACGAGAAACAGAGAGACUUGGUUUCUCGAGCUGAAAUGAUUAGAAAGUGGUUUAUUAAUGGUGGGGUUCUACUUGUUGGGUAUGAGAUGUAUAGGAUGUUAGCUUUGAGGGUUCCAACUCUUAGUGGAGUGAAACGACUAGAAGGAAAAAAGAUUAAUAAGCCAAAAGUUGGGAAACACAGAAAUGAGCCUGUCAUUGAUCUUGACGUGGAAGAGGAACACAUGAAGAAACUUCAAGCCAUUCAGUCGAUGCUCUGUGAUCCUGGUCCUGAUUUAGUUAUCUGCGACGAAGGCCAUCGAAUCAAGAACGUAGUAGCCGGCACCUCUCAAGCUCUGAAGAAAAUCAGAACAAAGCGUAGAGUUGUGCUCAGUGGAUACCCUCUGCAGAACAACUUAUCUGAAUACUGGUGUAUGAUUGAUUUUGUUCGGCCCAGUUACCUUGGCACACAUCAAGACUUCGUCAACAUGUUUGUAAGCCCAAUAUACAACGGACAGUGUGUUGACAGCACACAAGAGGAUGUCAGAGUGAUGAGACAACGAGCGCAUGUUUUGCAUAAAUUAGUAGAAGGAUUCAUUCAAAGACGUGGUCACAAGCUAUUGCAAAUGGUCCUUCCCGAGAAAGAGGAACACAUCUUGUUCGUUCGACUCUCUCCACUACAAUCUUCACUUUACAAUCGAUAUAUAGAAUCGCAAGGGAAGAUACUAGGAGUUAAUGCCAUUAAGGCUUUUGCCAUUUGCUGCAAGAUCUGGAACCAUGUGGAUAUCUUGCAUGGGACUUUACAUCAAUCACAGUUAUUGGGAUCUGAGCAGGAUUUGGAAAUUGAAGGGUUAUCAACCGCUUCUGUGGCAAACCAAAGAAUCAAAUCAAUAUCAUAUGAAUGGGCAAAUGAUAUCAUGAAGGACCAUCAGGCAGGGAAGGAAGACCAGAGUGGCAAGUUUUUAAUUCUAAUGGAAAUCAUCGAUGCUUCAGUUCAGGCUAGGGAUCGCUUGUUGGUUUACAGUCAGAGCCUUGCUACACUCACUCUUGUUGAGGAGUACUUGGCUCGUCGGACAGUGCCUUGCAGCCAGCCAGAAACCCAAUGGAAAAAGAACAAAAACUAUUUCCGGUUGGAUGGUGGUACAUUAAGCCAAGAGCGGGAAAGAUUGAUCGAAACCUUCAAUUCUCCACGUAAUCACAACGUGUGGCUUUUUCUCAUCUCCACUCGAGCUGGCAGCCUUGGAGUUAAUCUGAUUGGAGCAAACAGAGUUGUCAUCCUUGACGUAUCAUGGAACCCAUGCCAUGACACCCAGGCAAUAUGUCGUAUGUAUCGAUAUGGACAGUCCAAGCUGUGUUUUGUGUACCGAAUGGUGAUGGAUGGGACAAUGGAGAGACGUAUCUAUGAACGACAGAUCACGAAACGUGGAGUUGCAGACCGUGUGAUCGACGAGCUACAGCCUGGCAGAACAAUGACGAGAGAUGAAGCACUACAUCUGAUGACAGUACAGCCCGAGUAUAAACACGAGGUCAACUGGCAAGAGUAUGCCGAGACUUGCUCAGAUCCUGUGCUCCGAACCGUGUGUCUCAGGUUGGGACGCUGGCUGACUAAACCACCACUCAAACGAGAUUCAUUAGCACUAGAAGAAACUGAGGAGCGACUAACAAAGGCGGAGAAAACAAAGGCAAUCCAAGAUUAUGUCAAUGAGAAACAAACGGGUCAGCGUUCGGUGCCCAGUUUGCCUUCGUUGCGAGAUGUCACAUCUGGGAGUAUGGGAGUCGCCAAGUUUCCUAUAUGCCCUUCAAGUCAGCAUCUGUAUAAAUCCGGGCAAGCCAACAAAUCAGGGUAUUUCCAUGCCUUUAGGCCAAUGAUGUCUAAUGAGCCUGUCGAUCCUCAUCAACUCGCUCUGAAAACAAUUCAACGAAUGCAACAACAGAAGCAUCAGAUGCCGAUUGCAUCGAUCACUGCACCAUCGGGUACUGUUGCCGCCCAAAGGUCGCUAAUAAACAGCAGACACACAGGGAUGUCAAGCACAGCGGCAUCUCCGCCAUCUCCACAAACACAAAUUUAGUUUAUAAUGACGUUACGCUAAAGUGUUGAACAUUUGGGUAGUUUGUGGCAAAAACGUAAGAUGAGACUGCUUACAUGAUACUCACCGAGCAGUAUAUAGAAAUCAUACAAAUUAAUUUUAAUAGCAUUUACACCCAUAGGAAAGUCAAAUUGGAAAUUUAUAAGAGCAACGCCUGAUAUUGAUGCAUAUAUACAUACCAUUGUGGAACACCUGGCUCUUUGAGAUCAAUUCUGCUUGUGAGAGUUGAUUGGCAAAGCUAGACUUGAAAUUUGUCUAUGAUACAUUGUAGGUGGUAUGUGUCUGGCGGUGAUAGACGCUUCAUUUUGCAUGUUUCCUUUAACUUAAGUGGUCGAGCACACAU